CCCAGAUCGCAUCGCAGUCCAGGAAUGGCCGCCGCCGACGCCGACGCCGCGAAGCUCUCCGUCUCCAUUCAGGCCUUCGCGGCGCUCCUCGACUGCUGUGCAGCCGCCGGCGUGGACUGCGACGGGAUACUCCUCAGCCGUGCCGCCCUCCCCCCUUCCUUCUCCGACGACGAUCCGGCCCCAACCCUACCCAUCUACGUCACCGGCCACUCCUCGCUCGCUCGACCCUCCGCCCUCUCCAACGCACUUAGCUGCUUCAAGCCCUGCUUCCCCGCACGCACGGGCACGGCCACCGUCGGCUUCUUCUCCUCCCGCCACAGCGCGUGCACGAUGCGCCGCCCCUCCAUGCGCGAGGCCGCCGUCGCCCGCUCCCUAUCCAAAUCUCUGGCCCUCGCCCACCCCGUCAUGUUUCUCCUCUUAGCCCCCUCUGUCGCCACCGACCUCUCCAUCUACUCAUUCGCCCACCGCGCCUUCCUCCUUGUUGAUUCCCGCCUCGUCCCCACCUCCCUCACGAUCGUCAACGUGGGUCCUCGUUACCGGGGCCAGUACCAGUGCCACACCUUCGCCCCGGAGUCGCCAAUGCCGCGGCUGCCGCCUCAGCCGGCAAACAUCGGAGAGCAAGCAACCGAGGAGGAGGAGAUGUAUUCCGGGAUGCUAAGGAGGUUGGAUAGGCUUGCUCAGGAGGCGGAGGAGGGCAAUAAGCUUCUGUUCCGUCAGGUCCUAGUUCGCUCAAUGCUUUGCUUGAUGUGUUUCUGUAAAAUUCAUCUGUUUGGGUCCGUAGAAAUAUGCAUCGCUUUGGUUGUGCAUCGGUUAUUAGACUCACAUGAAACAACAUUUGCAUGGCAAGCAAUAUCGUGCACAUAG